UCCGAAUGAUAUCGCUGUGGUAACGUUUAUCAACAAAUAUGGCGGCUAAUUAAAUGGUUUCCCUUUAGAAAAUAUCGGAUACCCGUAAUUUCAAUAACAAUGACGCUAUACAUGCCACCGUUAGCCCGUAAAAAGCGAGUACCAGAACGAUACAAUCCGGAUUCAUUCAGAGUUAUCAGUACAAAUGCAGAGGACGAUCACCCAAAAUUUCCCGGCGACAACAAAUUUCCAGUUCCCGACCGGGAACAACUAAAACGAGGAGUAGCACUACCAGACAUUUAUAACCGAUCAACACAAGUCUUACCGAAGGAAGUACCAGAUUACCGAGUUCACAGACCACAUCCGAAUAGCUGUGGAUUCCUAAGACAUAAUGUUAGAAUAUUGAACGAGCCUAUUUGUAGUGUAUACACGGGCGAAACACACGAUGAGCAAAACUUAUGGUGGCCUUCACGGACAUCUGACGAACCAUUACAGAUACCCCCCAAAACAAAAGAUACAAUAUAUAGAGAAGGAUAUAUGAGGGAUUCCCCAUUUUCAGCUAGAGGAUUUACACGACAUGAAGCUAAUCCAAAUAAAAAUGCCGCUCAUGGUGUUGUUCCAGUGAAUUUUCUUGGGGCAACAGAUGGUCAGAAAAGGAUUUUCCAGGAAAAGAUAUCAUUUGAACAUCAAUAUAAUAGUCGAUCAGAUCCUAAUUAUCCAAUUAGAAAUAAACGUCAUGGUAGUUUUGUUUGGGACCAAGCGUCAAAAGAACAGGCAGAUAAAAUCGUACAACAACAAAGUCAUAUAGAAAGCAAUGACAGAGCUGAAGUUAAACCUUUUAAUGGUGCUACAUUAGAUACCCAUCCAGUGAUACCGCCUCCUCAACCAACUUGUGAACCAACGUCGAGGUCACCACCCAAGUCACCACCUAAGUCACCUCCGGCAUCUACCACUCAGUCACCUAAGAGAAUUACCCCUCCUGCUACCGCAUUGGUGAGCUGCAAUGGGGAUAGUGUCUCAAAAGAAGAAAAAUCUGAACCAAGAACUAAUAAUGGGACCACCACUUCUGUUAACGAGUCCGGUGAAAAAUAAAAAUGUUUUAGAAUGUUACCAUUGAAAGACAAUGUAACUUUAUUAUCACUUGUUAAGUUUUGUUAUUCUUUCUUAGUUUAUUUGAAAAGGCCAAAGGCUUUUAGGGAACAUGCAUAGUUUUUGUUGUAAUUUUCAGGGUAGAAAUUCAUUCUAAAUGGUAUUAGCGAAGUAAUAAAUAUCUAAAUAAUGUUAGGGUCAUUCGUUCUGCUUAGAUUUGCAUAAUAUAAAUUCUAUGAUAAGCAUAUGCAAAAUAUGCGUUUAUAGUAUUAAAAGGGAUCAGCUGAGUAAAACUUCUAAAGCAAAGGAAAAAAUCUAUUAUUUUCUUUAAGUAUGUGCUUUCUCCCUUAAAACCGUUAAGAGAAAGUUCGAUUUCAGUUCAAAUUAGAACAGAAGAUUUCGAUGUUUUACGUUAUUUUAUGUGGAGUUGUUCAGUUGAUUUUUUUUUGUUCUUCACAGUUUUUUUUUCAGAAUAUAUAUUUUUAAUGCAAUAUUUUAAGAAUGCUGUGAUAUUGACUUUCAAAUGAAUGAAUCAUUAAAAAAGUAUUAAUUUGCCAAGAAUUCAUAUUUUGCUAAUCUGUAUUUAUUUUGAUACCUUUAUGUAUUUUUAAAAGUUUUAUGCAAUUUUUAAAAUCAUUCAAAACAUCUUUAUAUACACAUUUAAGCUUGAUUUGGAGCGCAUUGUUGAGUAGGACCAAUUACAGUCAUUAGCGUUACAUUUUUACAUUUUAAAUGUAUAAUCCCUAAGAAAAUUUAAAAAAAAGUACAAAAAUUUCCUAUACAAAGUAAGAAGUAUAUUGAUAUGUAAUCCUUUUCUUUUUAAUUCAUGGGAAUUCAGAAACAAUAUAACAUGUACUUCAUUGUCCUAUUAUAAAUCCUAGCCAAAACACGUUUUUUCUUUCUUAUUUCACGUUAUUGUCAAAAGCUUUUAUAUAUAUUAUAGAAUUUAUAAAAAAAAGUAUUAUAUGUUUUCUUAUGUAUUAUUUGCACAUAGACUGGACAAUCUAACAGUUGCCAAUUUUAACAUAGUAAGGAUUGACGAAUUGCAUUUGAUUAUUCUUAUAUUUUAUAUGAAGAUUGUUUGAAAAAAAAUCAAUGUUAAAUUUGCAUAAUAUAACAGAUAAUUAGGUUUGUAUUUGAAAAUAACAAUGCUUUCAAUCACACUUAUUUUAUAACACUUAUUUUCAUUUUUAUAUGGAGUUUGACUGUUGUAAAAACUGCCUUGUCACAAUCAUUGUUUACACUAGUUAAUGUAUCAUUUUUUUUGUUUCUUGGUUGAAAAUGUUUGUUAAGCAUUUGGAAUACUAGUAUUAUGUUUGAUUUGUAACAUUGUUAGAGAAUAUCACCACUGCUGAGAAGUUUGCAUUUAAAUCAUGUUAUGUAUAGUGACUGUAUACAAUAGUGUUUCAAUAUGUAUUGCUAUACUGUAAAAUCGAUUAGAUUUUCAAUGUAUUUUAAAUUUAAAAAUGUACUUUUCUAGGGCUUUCAGCAAUGAUGAAUAAAAUACAUUUUUCUUGA